GGUCAAAAGUUAAAGUUCCGCACGAGGGAGGAGGGGCGUGGACGAGUGCUACUGCUGUGUCGUAGCGAGGAGGAGGUCGAGGCACACGUGAUAUGACUGAAGCAGGGGAUGCUAGCAGCACUCAACCCAACGCAAAUGACACAUCUCAUGCAAUUGAUCGAAGUGACAUCAUCAACGGCAAGGAACAGACUACAGUAGGAAAAAUAGCGGAGGGUGACGGGGACGACAACGAGGAUCGGAGGCGAAACCAACAGAGCCAUGAGAAGCUAGAAGCAGGAAAACCGAGCACGAUGGUCGCGCCCGAGCCGGAGAACAAGAAGAUUGACCCGGUCUCUGGAGAGAGGCAAAAGCUGGAUCGUCGAAAGCGCCGCUGUCCGGUUGGAACCUGUGGGGAACCUCUGUAG